AAACUGAAAAAAAAAUUAUUGAAAUUUAAACCUACUUCAUCUCUACAUCACAUCGACAUACAAUAAUACAACAAAACCAUAAUGUCCGUCGUUGGGUCCUUGAUAUUCUGCACAUACUGUGGUAAUCUAUUGGAUGCUGCUACUUCAAGUGCAGAAUUCAAAUGUGGAUUAUGUUCUGCAUCAUAUAAUAAAGCAGACUUUGCAAAUUUAGAAGUCGUCACUACAUCAGCUGAAGAUGCUUUUCCUUCAAGUUUAAAAUUAAAAAGAUCAGUAGUGAAGACUUCAUUGAAGAAAGAUGAAUUAGACGAUGGUGCUACUAUUAAAGAAAAAUGUCCAAAAUGUGGUAAUGAAGAAAUGCAAUAUCAUACUUUACAAUUAAGAUCCGCCGAUGAAGGUGCUACAGUAUUUUAUACUUGUACUUCAUGUGGAUACCGUUUUAGAACCAAUAAUUGAUCUCAUCUACAUUCAAAUUAUCAAAUCCAGCAAAAUCAAAAAACCAUGUAUAUUAGCCUUUUGCAUAUAUUGUAUAUAUAUAAUAAAUAACGA